AUGAGGUGGAGCAUCAAAUCCCGCCAUCAGCUGCACCAGUGGCAGCUCUGGCUCUCUCUUGAGCGAGGGGCAGACGCGCAGCAGCACCUCCUCUCCGAGUCCCAGCGCCAGCUCUGCUGUGACGCCAUGCAAGGUACGCUAGUUACGAUCUCACGCUUGCAGCGCUCCGUCGCGGAUUCCCUCGCCACCGUCAAGCCUCGGUUCGAGGAGGAGUAUUUCGAGCCGCGCACCGGCUACUCGCUCGACCUGGCGCUGCCCUCGUCACGCGUCGCGAUUGAGGUGGAUGGCCCCUUUCACUUUCUCCUGCCCGACGACCGGGGCGUGCGCAAGCCCAACGGGCCAACGCUGCUCAAGCGGCGCCUCCUCGCGGCGGCUGGCUGGAGGGUGAUCAGCGUUCCUUUCUACGAGUUGGACGGCUUGACGCCCGUUGAGCGGCAAACCUACAUGGAGAGGGCGGCCGCCCCGCUGUAG